GUGCCUAUUCAAAUCCUAUGGUCUGUGUCCAUAGCAACUUCCGUUGCAUCUUGGUGCUUGAUGAGAAAAAAGUAUCACUUGCAGAUCCUCCACUUCUAAAUCGGUUUGAAAAACAAAAUAUGUCAAUUAAUGAUACUUUGACUGAUGACAUGAAAGAGUUAGUCAAUGAACUUUCUAAAUGGGUUGAACAAAUAUCAAGUAUUAAUACAGAAGAUGGUAUAUCUAAAUCUGGAUUUAAUGAGCAUGACAUGUUUGUUGGAUUUGACAAAGAAGAAACAUUGCAAAGUUUGGUUAUUUACAAUAGCGGCAAGUUUGGUUCGGAAAAUAAAGAAUCUAUUUUGUCUAGAUGCAAAGAAUUGUUAAUAGGUAUUGCAACGUCAGAUGGUAUUGUAAGAUCAAAUAGAUCUAUAUUGGCAUAUACAAAUAGCGGAGAAGCUCAAGAAUGGUAUAAUUUUUACUUCCGUCAAAAACGCGAUGACCUUAACACAUAUAUUCAAUCACUGCUAGAAAAUUAUGAUGUGACUGAGAGUAGUGGCUAUAUUGAAAAUGCUGAAAAUAAAAAGCAAGGCUUCCAAAUUAUAGUUAACACUUUUUCCAAUAUAAAUACUGAUAUUACUUCAUGCUUAAGCAAUAAUCAAACAUUUCUGGUUGGAGUCGGAUAA